UAUUAGCCUUUCAAAUUUAAAUAUAUUGAGAAGUUAAGGACUUAUAAUUUUCUAUAAAGUCAAGUCUCAUGGGUAGUAUUGGUAAAGCCAUUGGCCUCUUCAACAUCAAGCAAAACACAAAUUAAUUUUUAACCAUGAAAUCUGAGAUAGUGUCCAGUGAAAUCAUUAAACCAUCUUCUGCAUCGCCAAAUCGUCCAAGAAUUCACCAUCUCUCUUUCUUUGAUCAGAUAAGUUCUUGCAUCUAUAUUCCAGUCAUUUUCUUCUAUCCUAAACAGCAGUUAUCUCAUAACCCAAUUGAUGAUGACAUUGUUCAUAAGUCCACUCUUCUCAAAGAAUCUUUGUCUUUAACUUUAUCCCACUACUACCCACUAGCAGGAAGGAUCAAAGAUGAUCUCACAAUAGACUGCAACGAUAAAGGGGUCGAAUUUCUUGAAGCCAGAAUGAGAAGUAAUUUGUCUGAAAUCCUGAAGCAUCCUGAUGACAGUACAUUGAAAUCCUUGUUUCCUGGCGAUCUACAGUAUAAAGAUCCGAUCCUAAGCAGUCUCUUGAUUGUUCAGUCGACCUUCUUUGAUUGCGGAGGAAUGGCAGUAGCUGUCUGCAUAUCUCACAAAAUCUCGGAUAUUGCUAGCAUGUGUUAUUUUAUCAACCACUGGGCCGCCAUAGCAUGUAGCCAGGGCGAAAAGUUGUGUCCCGAGUUCAAUUUAGGGUCUUUAUAUCCACCCAUUGAUUUACCAGUUACGGAAACUUAUCAAGGUGAGAAAGUAAAAUGCGUUUCAAGAAGACUCGUAUUUGAUGCAUUGAAGAUAGCUAAAUUGAAGGAAAUGGUAGCAAAAGAAGUUUCAAACCCAACACGAGUGGAAGUAGUGAGUGCAAUUCUAUAUAGAUCGGCCAUUUCUGCAGCUAGAUUGAGAUCAGGAUCCUCAAAGCCGACUGCUAUGCAUAACGCAGCGAAUUUGCGUCCGCGAGUACUUCCUCCACUGCCAGAAUGCUCUGCAGGAAAUAUAAGUGGAACAUUUUCUGUAACAACAAUGGAGGAUAGCGUGAUAGAGUUAGUUCAGUUGGCAAGUGAGGUCAAGAAAGAAAAGACUGAAUACUGCAAUUCCUGCGGGCAAAAAUUUAGUGCGGAAGAACUGUGCGCGUUUGUUUUGGAUGCUUCCGUAGGGCUAAGACUGUGCCAUGGAAAAGAUCAAGAUGUGUACUUAUGUAGUAGCUUUUGCAGGUACCCUUUUUACGAUGCAGAUUUCGGAUGGGGAAAACCAGGAUGGGUGACUGUUGCUAGUUGUGAAGUGAAGAAUGUUAUUAUUCUAAUGGAUACAAAAUGUGGAGAUGGGAUUGAAGCAUAUGUAACUUUGGAAGAACAAGAAAUGGAUUUGUUUGAGAAUGAUGAGGAGCUUCUUUGUUUUGCCUGUAUCAAUCCAUGUGUCCUGCCAGAAAGUAAUUCACAUUGAGACUCAUUAUUUUACAUUGAUUCCAUGUAAAUUUCGUUCAAGUUGCGUACAAGCAGAAGGCCACAAGGACAAAGUCUAUUGUACAAGCUGAAGGCAAUUAAGGACUUACAUGAUUGAUUGGUGUCUCUGAUUUCUGCAAAUUACAAUAAUAAUUAAUAGGGCCUGUUUGCUGUAA